AAAGGCUGAAAUUGAAGGAAAUUGAUUUUGUCAUUGUGAAAUUUUAAUUAAUUGCAAGCUAUGCAUUUGAAAGUUGGAAUUAUACUCGUCAUUUGUGCAAUUGCAACUGCUGACUUUUCAUACGAUGGAACUAAGGGUCCAUCGCAUUGGGAGGAUGAUUACGCAACAUGUAAGGGAAAGCAUCAAUCACCAAUUGACAUUGACAUGCUGCACGUAAAGAAGGUCAAAUUGCCACCUUUAAGUUUUGAAAAUUUCGAUACGCAACCUUUAAGUACGACAGUAACAAAUAAUGGUCAUACAGUCAUGUUUACUGUGGAGAAAGAGCAAGGAAAAGAACCAAUAAUUGAUGGCGGACCAUUUAGAGACGGCGGAUAUGAGUUUGAACAGCUUCAUUUCCAUUGGGGUGAUAAUGACUCUUAUGGAUCUGAGGACAGCUUUAAUGGCAAGCAUUUUCCAAUGGAACUUCAUGUUGUCUUCUAUAAGCAAAAGUACGGAUCAUUCGAGAAUGCGACAAAUUUCAGUGAUGGACUUGCUGUGCUGGCAUUUUUCUUCAUCAUCACCCACAAGCCAAAUCCAUCGUACGUUGAAGUGACCAAAUUAUUACAACAAAUUAGUGAACCAGAUACACAAGCAGCAUUUGAAGAACCUUUAGCACUUGAAGAUUAUCUUCACACAAAUAUGAAUGAUUAUUACGUAUACAAUGGCAGCACUACGACUCCGCCAUGUCUAGAGGUCGUCACAUGGCUAGAUUUUUACGAACCAAUUCAAAUAUCACACAAGCAGCUUGGACAUUUUAGAUCAUUGAAGGAUCACGAGGGCAACUUAUUGAGUCACAAUUUUCGUCCAGUUCAGCCGAUUGGUGAUCGAAUUGUUUGGCUUACAUCUGAUAAAUUUACAUCUAAUGAGUUGGACUUGCAUGAUAAAAUUUAUGGAGAGAAAACGAAACCAACGAAGAAGUCAAAGAUGAAGAAUAAUGGACGAAUGAUCAUGUCUGGAACUACGAUUUUAUUAUCAAUGAUAGUCAUUGACUUAUUGCUGUGA